UCCCGGCUCCGGGAGGGAAGGCCGGGCAGCGGCGGUGGCCUCGGCGGGGCGCGCGGCGCAGCCAUGAGCGAGUCCAGUGCCAAUGCGCUCCCGGUCGGCAGGCGCGGCAGGCAGCCCUUCGUGCACCAAGACAGCCUCUCUUUGGACUCCAGUUACUUUUCUUCUCCUCCUAUGAAUUUCCUUCAAGAAUUACCAAGCUACCGGUCCAUCGCACGCAAGAGGACGACCAUCCUUUUCCGAGACAAGCAAAGUGACACAUUGCUGAAGCCGACAGACUCCUACAGCUCCCAGCUAGAGGGCGGAAUCACUGAAAACCUCAAUAGCCAGUCCAUUCGAAAGUAUGCACUGAACAUCUCUGAGAAACGCAGACUAAGGGACAUUCAGGAGACUCAAAUGAAGUAUUUAUCUGAGUGGGACCAGUGGAAACGGUACAGCAGCAACUCUUGGAAGAGGUUCGUAGAGAAGGCUCGGGAGAUGACCUCCCACCUGGAGCUGUGGCGGGAGGACAUUCGCAGCAUCGAAGGGAAAUUUGGCACUGGGAUUCAGUCCUAUUUCUCCUUCUUGCGGUUUCUGGUGUUGCUGAAUUUGGUGAUAUUUCUGAUCAUCUUUAUGCUGGUUUUGCUCCCAAUGUUGCUCACCAAAUACAAGAUCACCAACAGCAGCUUUGUGCUCAUUCCCUCCAAAGACAUAGAUAUCCAGUGCACAGUGUAUCCAAUAAGUAGCUCUGGACUCAUUUACUUUUAUAGUUAUUUCAUAGACUUGCUCUCUGGCACUGGUUUCCUGGAGGAGACCUGCCUCUUUUAUGGACAUUACACCAUUGACGGGGUGAAGUUUCAGACCUUCACUUAUGAUUUGCCUCUGGCUUACUUGUUAAGCACAAUUGCCUACCUGGCCCUGAGCCUUCUUUGGAUAGUGAAAAGGUCGGUGGAAGGGUUCAAAAUCAACCUGAUCCGGAGUGAAGAGCACUUCCAGAGUUACUGCAACAAGAUCUUCGCCGGCUGGGACUUUUGCAUCACCAACCGCAGCAUGGCGGACCUGAAGCAUGGCAGCCUGCGGUACGAGCUCCGAGCAGAUCUGGAGGAAGAAAGGAUACGGCAGAAAAUAGCGGAAAGGACCUCAGAGGAAACGAUACGGAUUUACUCUUUGAGACUGUUUUUGAACUGUAUUGUUCUGGCCGUUUUAGCGGCAUGCUUUUACGCAAUCUAUAGAGCAACUGUAUUCUCGCAGGAGCAUAUGAAAAAGGAAAUUGACAAGAUGGUUUUUGGAGAGAACCUCUUGAUAUUGUACCUGCCUUCUAUUGUGAUCACGCUGGCCAAUUUUGUCACCCCAAUGAUCUUUGCCAAGAUCAUCCACUAUGAGGAUUAUUCCCCAGGCUUUGAGAUCCGGCUGACCAUCCUUAGGUGUGUCUUUAUGCGGCUGGCCACCAUCUGUGUGCUGGUGUUCACCCUGGGCUCUAAGAUUACAUCCUGUGAUAACUACUCCUGUGAACUCUGUGGCUACAACCAGAAACUCUACCCGUGCUGGGAGACCCAAGUUGGGCAAGAAAUGUACAAGCUGAUGAUCUUCGACCUCAUCAUCAUCUUGGCUGUGACACUUUUUGUGGAUUUUCCUAGAAAGCUCCUGGUGACCUACUGUUCGUCUUCAAAGCUGAUCCAGUGCUGGGGGCAGCAGGAAUUUGCCAUUCCUGAUAACGUGCUGGGGAUUGUUUAUGGGCAAACCAUUUGCUGGAUCGGAGCCUUUUUCUCCCCGCUUCUCCCUGCAAUUGCGACCUUGAAAUUCAUUAUCAUCUUUUAUGUGAAAGAGAUGAGUCUCAUUUACACCUGCAGACCUUCCCCGAGGCAGUUCCGAGCGUCCAAUUCUAAUUUCUUCUUCCUGCUGGUGUUGCUGAUCGGGCUGUGUUUGGCUAUCAUACCGCUGACGAUCAGCAUGGCACGCAUCCCUUCCUCGAAAGCCUGUGGGCCGUUCACCAACUUCAACACCACCUGGGAGGUGAUCCCCAAGACGGUGAGCACCUUCCCCAGCUCGCUGCAGUCCCUGGUCCACGGCCUCACGUCAGAAGCCUUUGCAGUGCCCUUCUUCAUGAUCAUCUGCCUUAUCAUGUUUUACUUCAUCGCCCUGGCCGGAGCGCACAAGCGUGUGGUUGUCCAGCUCCGAGAACAGCUGUCCCUGGUAAGGAAGAGCAGCAGGUCCAGAGGGUCGUGGCCUGGCACCGUUACCCAGGACACAGAACGCAAAGUGGCGCCUGUCUCGGGGAGCGGGUGGAAUGCUGCUGCCCCCUCUCACCACUGUCCUCCAAAACUCUGCCUUCGGGCUCAGUCUCCUCCAGCAUCAUUCAUUCACUGACUUGCCCAUUCCUUCAGCAUUAUGUCUUGAGCACUGCGCCAGGCCUCGGUUGGGGUCACAGCAUAGCCUGAGGGCUCUGCUGGGAAGUUUCGGUUUAAUUCUGAGUGUGAUAGGAAGCCCUUGGAGGGUGUUAAGUAGGAAUCUGAUGUACAUUUUAAAAAGAUUAUUGACCGCUUUGUGGACAGGGGCAGUGGAGGGGACGAGUUAAAGAGGCAGACCAGUCUGGAGGCCAGUACCAUCAUCCACUGGUUAAGGAUCCUUAACCCUGAGUCUGAUGGAGAAUUUAUUAGGUCGAAAUAAUGACAUUUGUUUCCAAAGAAAUUGAAUGUGCUUUUGAACCUAUUUCUUUUUUUAGGAAAGCCGUGACAAGCGUUAUCUAAUCCAGAAAUUAACAGAAGCCCAGAGGGAAAUGAGGAAACGACUAGACUGAGGGUGAAGAUGCUGCUGCGUGUCACUUACAAGCUGACCCAGGGACCUGCCGAGCCUGCACAGUCCAUCUGGGUUUUGAGCAGGAAUUUUAAAAUAUAUUUUUCUGGAGUUCAGGCCUUUUCUGUAAGUGGUUCCAUAUGUGCCACUGCGGUGGCCAUGUUUACAUAACCCAGCCCCAGUUUAGGGCUUUAGCGACUUAGAAAAAAGCAGGUUCAAAACCAAGCCUUGCCUGUAGACCAGCCACUCAGUGAGGACUAUACCAAAAAACCAACACAGGAGGCAGCUGAAGCUUUUACAACUAAAACGAAGGAGGAGAGACCUGUGAUAUUGUCAAAAGCUUAUUUGUGUUGUCUUUUCAAGUUAACUGUAGAAGUCGUCUGUUCACGAGACUGGGUUCUUUCUUUUGAACCAGGUUCUGGAGGUUUAAGCUGAGAAAUGUUCUGAGAAGUAGAGGCCCUUUUGAGUGGUUCUGUAGACUGAUUUUUUUUUUUUUUUUUUUGGAUGAAGAGAAAUCCUUGAAUCGUGAUGUUUGGAACAGAUGGGAACAUGGAGAGGGUGGUUAUGUAAUUUCAGCUUCACGGUAGUAACGUGAGAGAGAAAGGCAGUCCUGCUGUGUGAAUCAGCGGUCCCUAAGGGGCCUGGGUGAAUCAGCCUUAGGAGGAUGGAAGUUGCUGGAUGGGGGCCUUGAGUUCUUAGCUUCCUGGGCAUUUUGCUGCAGCCUCAUGACUCAGGGCAAAGCUGCUCUUCAGGCACUGGAUAGCCACAAGCCUUCAGUUCUCUUGUAGUCCUGAGUGCUGAGACUUACCAGAGAGCCCUGUGCCACCAAAAUUGAGGUGAGGUCUGUGUCUCCAUCUUCCAAAUGCCCUUUUGCUUCCUGCUCUGAGGUGUCCAUUUCUGAAGGACACUUAACAUUUCAGAGGCAGGCUGGAAAGUUCUGCUGAAUAUCUGAGCUGUGGGUUUCUAGGCAUAAGUGUUUUGGGAUGUGGGUUGCAGCAUCAGAGCAGCCUGCGCCAGUAUACCAAACUGGGACGAGUGCUGGCAUCUUCAAUGCACGUGUGUGUAUUUUUAAGGACUAUUGUUUGUUUUCUUGCGCUUAAAGUUUUUAAUUUUAUUUUACAAAACACGCAGGGUCUCUCUCAUGAUUUCCGUUACAGGAAAAACCAUAUGCGAUAAAUACCUCAUCAGACACUUGCCCGAAAUGGAUAGCUCUGGACCUUUGAAUGGAAGCCUAAGUUAUUGUUUAAUAUAAUCUGUUUUCAUUUUAAUAUCUUCAGGAUCUUUUCAGAGUACUACAGUUUUGUAAUGGACCAUUCGAGCCUUCCUUCCAUCGCUUUUCUUCCUUUCACUGGCUCUAAACCUUUCCUGGGGGGUGGGGGGUAGCCUGGAAUUCAGAGUUGAGUGCAGGUUGGCGAAAGCUAGUAUCAUGGAAUUUUGAGUAACCAAAAGUUCAUUCCAUCCUCACUUUAAAAAGAAGUUCUAAUUGUUGGCAUUUCUGCCUAGUGCCUUUAUGUAUUUAAUGUUCUUACCUUUACAUGCUUCUGAGGUCAGUCAAGUUUCCUGUGUGUGUGUGCGAGAGAGAGAGAGAGAGAGAGAUGGAAGCUCUAUUUUCUUCCCCUAUUAUAAAACUGAUACUGAAAUAUGCUAAUAUAUUAGUUUUCGUUAAAUGCUGCUAAUUGGCGUACCUCUUGAAUGUUUUUAUAUAUUUUGAUAGCUGUAAUAACUUAAGGUGCUGUCUGUGGAAUUGUUAAAGCGUAGCUCUCUCUAACAAAUGUGCAUUAAAACUACUGAUUAAACCGUGUCUUGAAGAUUUUAAAACGUGAUCGUGUGUGUUUGAAUCCUCAGAGGCUUCUCGUCAGCAGUCAAGUGAUCGUGGAAAACUCUAACAGUUUGUAA